UAUAAAGAUAAACCACAAGAGAUAUCAGUUCUCUCUAUCUAAACCCAAAACACACAAAGUUUUUAUAACAUAAUAAUUACUACUAUAGAAUACUGCUAUAUAUAUAUACAUCGAUCGAUCAAUGGCUUCCAUUCCUGAAUAUCUAUACUCUUCUCUAGAUCAUCACUACACAUUGUUCCCCACUACUACCACCACCACUACUGAUCUUAUUUCAGGGCUGCCCACCAUGGCAGAAGACGGCGGCGCCGCCUCCUCAAUGUGGUGUGCUAAUACUACUGCUAUUAAUACUACUAUCAACGAUCAUCAUCAUCUUCUUCAUCACAGAGAAUUAUUGGUUCCCUUUUAUGGCGGUAUUACUAGUACCACUACAACUACUAAUAACACUGCCAGUAGUAGCAGUACCAUUAAUAAUUAUGGGUUCGAGAAUAAUGCUCUGUCUUCUUCUCCAACGGAUUCGCUUGUUUCUUCCACCUCGUCAUUGUCGCCGGCGUUUAUGGUGUCUGCCGCGGCGGCGGCUUUUCCGGAGCAGAGCAUCGUCGGGGUUGCUGAUGGGGGUGCGGGCUUUGUCCCCGCCGCCGGAGCCGGCGCCGGAGCAUUAUACUCUCAUGAUUACCUAAGCGGUUUCAGUAAUAUCAUCAGUAAUGAUCACUUGCAUGGUUUCUCCGCCGAGGUUCAUAACUAUGGCGGAUAUAAUAAUAACAGCAUUAAUGGGUUUGUUGAGUUUGGGGAUCAGGAUUCUUGUGCGACGUCGUUUUUGCCGGAGUUUAAACCAGUUGGCCUCGUGGCUGCCGGAGAUCAAAAUUGGCUAGGAAUGCAAAGUUGUAAUCAAAUGCAUGGAAUUGAAGAUUCGAAUAUGAUGAAGGUGAGUCGAUAUUCUGAAGAGGAAAGGAAAGAAAGGAUUGUUAGAUAUUUAAAGAAGAGAAACCAAAGGAACUUCAACAAGACCAUUAAGUAUGCUUGUAGGAAAACCCUAGCAGACAGGAGAGUUCGAGUACGUGGGAGAUUUGCAAGGAACAAUGAACUGUGUCAGCUGGAGCAUGAAUAUGAACAAAUGGUGCCCAAAAAGAAGGAGUUAUUAUUAUCAGAUCACAAUAAUACUUCUUGCCAACAAACUGACUUUUGUUGUGAUGAUGAUAUUGCUGAUACUGUCCAGAUCAAAUAUGAUGAUGAAGAAGAUUGGCUGCAGGAUUUUGCCUUGUGUUGCUUUGUAAAUGGGGGACCUAAUAGUAAUAAAUAAUUUAAUAUUAUUAUUAUUGUAGAGGAAGAGAUAUAUUUAAUUAUUGAUCUUGAGUUAAUUAAUGUAGAAUUUGGAUUGAUCUUAUU